CCGUUGUGGAAAACAUCUUUACUUCGGUCUUCCUUUCCUGGAUACGAUAAAAAAACAACCUUAGAGAUGAAGAGAAACAUUACUGCAGAACAGAUAUCAGAUUGGUUCACUUUGGGAACUAAGUUUGCGAAUAUUAAAUUAACAGAUGAAGAUGCAAAAGAAAAGUUGGAUGAACCUUCAUCGAAACAGGCCAGCCCAUCAGAAGUCCCUGCUGAUCAGGGCAGUCCGAACAACAAGAACUCCAGUGGAGGACUGGGGACAAAAAGAGCAGAAGCAGGGAGUAAUCCUCCUCCACUAGCGAGCUACGAGUAUCCCAGCUUGCCCAUAACCAAAAACAGACAGGAGCUCAUUUCUCUAAUAGAAAACAACUCUGUAGUGAUCAUCCAUGGAGCCACAGGCAGUGGCAAGACCACCCAGCUGCCCCAGUUCAUUCUGGACCACUGCAAUGAAAAAAAUGCCUCAUGCAACAUUGUGGUCACCCAGCCACGCAGAAUUGGUGCCACCAGCAUCGCCAGAUGGAUUGCCACAGAACGAAAGUGUACCCUGGGUAGUUUAGUGGGGUAUCAGAUCGGGCUGGAGAAGAUGGCUACUGAGCACACCCGACUCAUCUACAUGACCACAGGAGUGCUGCUGCAGAAACUGGUCACAGCCAAGGCCCUGACUGAGUACACCCACAUCUUCAUAGAUGAGGUUCAUGAAAGGACCGAUGAGAUGGACUUUCUCCUGCUGGUUUUGAAAAAGCUCCUUCAUUCAAACUCGCGCUAUGUCAAGAUCAUCCUCAUGUCAGCCACCAUAAACUGCAGACAGUUUGCUGAGUACUUCAGCACCCCGAUUCGUGGCAAGAUGAAUCCAGCCUACGUGUUUGAAGUGGAGGGGUCGCCCUAUGCUAUCGAGGAGUUUUACCUUGAUGACCUCCGCAGCCUGUUCCCCUGCAGGAUUGAAGAUCAACAUCCAGAUGAGCCUCACAUCUCAGAGCAGAUGUACAAUCUUGCCAUCAGUCUCAUCCAGAGCUUUGACGAGAUGGAGGGUAAAGAGCCGAGCAGCAAGGCAGAGAAAGAGGGUUUGUCAGAGAGAGGUAGUGUGCUGGUUUUCCUCCCUGGUAUACAUGAGAUAAGAUACAUGCAGGAGGCCUUGGCCAAGCUGGUCCGCAAACGCUUGCAGGUUUAUCCUCUCCACUCCACUGUGACUCUGGAAGAGCAGAACGGUGUGUUUCUGGUCCCUGCUCCAGGAUACAGGAAGGUCAUCCUUUCCACCAACAUUGCCGAGAGCUCCGUCACUGUCUCUGACGUCAAAUAUGUGAUUGACUUUUGCCUGGCCCGUCACUUGGUCUGUGACCAAGAGACCAAUUACCAGUCCCUACGCCUCACCUGGGCAUCCAAGACCAACUGCAACCAGCGCAGAGGUAGAGCAGGACGAGUGUCAAAGGGCUACUGCUACCGGCUGGUUAGCAAAGAGUUCUGGAGGAGAGAUAUGCGAGACUAUAUGAUCCCUGAGAUGCUGCUCGCCCCACUGUCCAGCAUCAUGCUGAAGGUGAAGCUGCUGGACAUGGGAGACCCCCGCGCUCUCCUCUCCACGGCUCUCUCACCCCCGAAUCUGAACGACAUCGUCAGGACAGUGCUGCAGCUCAAAGAGAUGGGCGCACUCUCUGUGAAAAACAGCCGCGUUGUUCAGAAUGAGGACGGCGAGCUGACGUUUCUGGGUCGGGUGUUGGCUCACCUCCCUGUGGACUUGUACCUGGGGAAGAUGAUUGUGCUGGGCCACGUCUUCGGCUGUCUGGACGAGUGCCUCAUCAUCGCUGCUUCACACUCUCUGAGGAGCUUCUUCGCCAUACCGUCCUUGCAGCAGCUGGCUGGCUACAGGAACAAGCUUGGCUUUGCCCAUGACACCCCGAGUGAUGCCAUAGCUUUUGUCAAUGCCUUCAAGGCAUGGCACUCAUCCAAAAGAAAAGGACAGCUGAGGCACCCAAAGGAUGAGCUCACCUGGGGAAAGGAGAACUUCAUUCAAAUCAAGAGGCUCAGAGAGGUUGCAGAGCUCUAUGAUGACCUGAAGAUGCGUGUGUCCCAGUUCAACAUGCAUGUGGCAGAGUGCUCCCAGCCCAUGGACUACACCAACCUGCACAGACAGAGGUUCAUCCUUCAGGUCGUCAUCGCUGGUGCCUACUACCCCAAUUACUUUAUCCAGGGGGACAUAGACGAGGCGCUGGCUUCCAAAGAGCUGAGUGGCCACGACCUCAGAACAACAGUGAUAGUGAGGAACUUGCCGCCAUACAGUUUCCUUUACUACAAACAGCUGCAGUCUCUGUUCCGCCAGUGUGGCCAGGUCAAGACCAUUUCCUUUGAGGGCUCCAGAGGAUAUGUGGAGUUCUACAGUACAGCCCAGGGCUCCGGGGUGCUGCCAGAGGUGUCCCUCUCCCUCCUUCUGGCCCAUCAGAAUCCGGGCCUGCAGCUGUCCCUCUACUCCAGUGAUGAAGUGGAAAUGUGUUCUAGGGAGACAACCGUAUCUCACAUGAAAUAUGCACGGGUGAAUGUAGACUUCCAGAGCCACACCAUCCGCCCUGUGGGACUUCUGAGCAGCGCCAUCAACCCAAAGAAUCUCCCUCCCAGCCGCUUGUUUGUGGUCAACAUCACAGAGGUGGUGGAGGUGGGUCACUUCUGGGGCUUCCAGGCAGACGAGGCCAGCGUGGAGAGUCAGCGCCGCCUGACAGCAGACAUCAACGCGCGGCAACUGAAUCCUGUUACUGUGUCCCUCUACCCAAACCUGCUGUGUCUGGCUCCCUACUCGGAGAGUAAUGACCAGUGCCUGUACUACCGGGCCAAGGUCCUGCAUGUGCGUGGCAACUCAGUGGAGGUUUUCUUUGUGGAUUUUGGCAACAGAACCCUCGUCACCUGCAGCAGCCUCAGGGAGCUUCCCUCUGACCUCAUGUCACAGCCGUUCCAGGCACAGGAGUUUUGCAUCGCUGGCAUGCGUCCCUCGGCUCAGUCCAUGAUCAUGGGUCAUCGGUGGAGCAGCCGUGCCCGCAACCGCUUCAUCACGCUGGUGAAGGGCCAUUCACUUUUCGUGUCACUGUACUCCGUCCUGCAUGGUGUCAUGCGCGUGGAGCUGCUCAUCAACACAGAGGCAACCACCACCAGCGUGGCCGACAUGUUUGUGGAGGAGGGACACGCCAUCAAGGCCGAGGAGAGUUACGACUCCAAGGAAAACCACAAGAUGCUGGUGUCCCUCUACAAGGACCUGGAGGAAGGCAAGUACGUACCCAAUUCCACCAGCAGCUCCUGGGUGGACCGCAAGGAGGAGGAGAAACGGCUCAUUGACACCCUGAUCACCCACUUCUCCAAGAGUCCACAGUCCUAUUCCAAGACCAAGGUGAAUGUGUAUGGACCAUCCAGUCCUUACAAAAUCAAGCUCCACAGUUCGAGCUAUGUCACCGACUACAAGCCAGUGAUCGUCGAGAUGAGCAGCAUCAACUCGUUGGCCCUGAAUGAGAAUCCUCAGGACAAACAUGAGAGGAUGCUGGUGGCUGGAUCAGUGUCAGUCAACACUACAGGUUCACGUAUUCUGUUGAAGGAUACCACCCUGAUGCCUGACAUCCCCGGACUGCCUGCUCUCGUCACCAUGCUCUUCACCCCUGUGAUGGAGCUACGCACCAAUGGUGAGAGGACCUGCUACACUGGCGCCCUCUGUGGCCUGGGGUGGGACAGUCACACUCAGGAGGCCAUCCUGCAUGAGCACGACAUAGAGCUCACCUUCGAUGUCAAGUUCGAUGUUGAGGACAUCACCGAGAUCAACGCCUUGCGAGCGGCCAUCAACCGCCUGGUGUGUGAGGGUCCCAGCGGGACCCUGCAUCUGGGGCCUGACAGGAUCAGCCAGCUACAGGAAGACUGCCAAGAGCGCCUUAUCAGACUUUUUGCCAAAUCUCCACCAAGAGAAAAUGUCUCUCCAGUUUACCAUGAGAAACCAGGGAAAUGGAACCAGGUGGAUCCCACUCUGAGGAUGGAUAUUGCUCAGCCUGGAGACAGAAAGACCAGAGGUGUUCUCUUCCAGCUACAUCCUGUCAUUCUGCUCAACAACUGAGAAAGUGUUUAUAAUGUAUUUUAUUUCUUUAUCAAAAUGCAUUUUAAUUUCACUGGAUCAUUGAGGACAACUGUUUAAGUUCAAUUGGAACUGUAGCUUUCAGCAGCACAGAAAAAGAAAAAUGCACAGUCAUAGUUCUCUGUUUAGUGGCCAGGACUUGUUUUGGUUUCACCAAGUUUAAAUGAGCAGCUUUUAUUAAAAUGUUGAUGUUUGUAAGUCCAUCCUGAUGUAUAAUUUUUUGUAAAUGUGCCUCAACAGUGGCUUAAUAAAUAUGUUCCUGUUAACAGCA